GAUGAAAAACCUGCCUGUUAUGAAGGAUCUCUUCUUGGGCUAUGGAUUGGCAAAGAUGCAAUUCCUUGUACUCCUGGAGUAACAAAAGCACGAUCUAGAACAAAAAUAAAUACUGCAAGAGAUCAUCAGUUAAAACAUGGAGAAGAGGAACUUAUGAAGUUAGCAAAGCAGUUUGAUAAAAAUCUGAUUGAUGCAGUCCAGGAACAAAACGUUUUGCUGCCAAAUUCUAUCCAUGUUUCAUCAACAGCAAAACCAUCAACUGACCAUCAUAUCCAGGUGCAGAGAGAAGAUGGUUGGCAAUUGCUGAAUGAACAUCCUGCAGUUAACUCUACUUUGUCCCAUGGAAGUCUUAAGGAUAAUGCUGGGACAGCGAAGAGUCCCAAGAGCAGUAGCCAGAAAUCCAUUGAUCUAGAUGCUGAAGGGGCACUAAAUGAGCUUUUUGAUUGUUCUACCCAAAAGUGUAGUGGCCGUUUGAGCCAAGGUAUAUUAAACAGUUCCUUGAUCACUGUUGUGCAGGAUAAGGGUACUUUGCUGGAGGCAGAGCAGCCUUCGGUUGAACCUCAAGGGCAAAGUGCCAUGCAUCUUAAACAGCAUUCAGAAUUCCUUCUAACUCAAAAAGCUAGGACAACUUCUGCACAAACAUUUUCAGAGCUUUCUAAUAAAAAUCGUGCCAAUACUUUCAGUGAUGACAACUAUGACUGGGAUGCUGAUUUGUUAACUGAUGAUUCACUUCUCAUGCAAAUUACUCAGGAGCCCAAAUUGAUGAAGAGUGCAGAAGAUGUUAUUAUUUCUGAGGAAAAGGGGGAAUCAAAAAAAUGGACUGUAAAUUCCAACAAGCCGCCUAUCGCCCAGGCCGGAGUUUAUAAUUCUUCCAAUACCAUACCAGUAUCAUGUGUUACCAUGUCAAACCAAAAAUUUCGGACAGAAAAAGUCAAGAUUAUUCCUUUUCAUGAAGAUAGCUUAUUAAAAACCAACAAGGUGGAUUCAUUUUCUAAAACUAGGCAAAACAACACUCUGGUCUAUAAUUGUACUUCAGUGAAAUCUGAACAUAGGAAUGUGCCUCAUGGCCCUUCCCAUCUUAAAAGUGCUACAAAUAUUAUUUCCGAAAAAAGAUCUUCAAUUUCAGAUUCCGAUCUUCCUAAAUUAUCAACUGGGAAAUUCAAAAGCCAGGUGCAUGGCACAAGCUACAAUGCCUCAGUUGUUUCUGCCAAUAAAAACCAUCAUGAUCGAAAGAUAGCAGCCAACCAGGGAAUCUCUGAUUGUCCACAACAGACAUCUGUGGCAAAGAAAAGCAUGUUUUCAUUUGAUGAUUGGGGCGAUCCCAAGUUUUCAGAUGAAGUUCUAGAAUUGUUUUGUGAAUCUAAUACCUCUUGGGGCACCCACUGUGACGAUGAUGAUGAUGACUUGCUUUAUCAAGUUUGUGAUGAUGUAGAAAGGAAAACACAGAGUCAAAUGGGUAUGAAGGAAACUGGAAAAAUGAAAUCAAUGGCAAAGAGUACUUCCAAUUUGGCACUGAGCCUUUGUCAGCCAGGGACCAGUCAAGGGCUUUCCAUUUGCCAGCAGACUGAGAAGAAUUGUACAGGCAGGAAGACCUUUUCAUUGGAUCUGCCCAUUGUAAUAAGGAAGAAUGAAAAUUCUGCAAAUAGGUCUACAGUGUUUGAAGGAAGCUUUGCAUCUGGAAUUGGCAUAGCUACUAUGCCCAGUGUACAGAUAAACAAUAAUAGACAAUGGCAGAAUGGCCAUGAUGUGGGCAAAAUAAAAACGAAUGGCAAUCCGUUAUCUUCUGAAAAAUCCAAAUAUAUGUUCAAAAAGACCAGUAGUAUUCAAGCCCUUGUUUUGGACCAUAAAAAUGUGAAUGUAGGCAGUCUUUCUGGAACUAACAAGGGACUAUGGGAAAGCAAGAAUGCGCCAAAUAUUCCAUUUCAGAAAGUCAUGAAUGGCAAGCCAGUUGUUAAGAGCAUUGAUUUUGCACCAUCUGAGAAAGAAUAUAAAAGUACGAGGUGUUCUCAAGAAGAAAUUGCACGAAAAAAGCAAGAAGCUCUUGAGCGAAGAAAGUGUAAAAUGGAAACUUUGUUCAAAAAUGCUGCACCUACCUAA